GAACAGGGUGGAAUGACUGGAGGAAUGAGCUGAGGCGGUGUGUGAGGAUGGCUCGAUGGGAGGCUGGCACUGGAAUCCAAGAGCACAGGAGAACACAAUGUUAACACGAGAAGCACAAGGAAAAAGCACAAGAAUUACUCUGGUAUCUAUGGUACAGAGCGGCCGAGAGUAUAAAAACCGGUGGGCAGAACAAUCUGGCGAGGUCUGGCAGGAAAACUGGUGUUCUUGAACUGUGGGUUGAUUAGGUUGAUUGUUGACAGGUGCAGAGUGCAGAGUGGAGAGUGAGACCAGGUGCCUGAUGAGGAAGCCGCGCCCCUGCCACAACCACACACACACAGACAGACAGGGGAGGGGGAGACACAGGGGAAACAGAACACGGGAAAACCCCUGGAGUCACGGCCAGAGCCAUGACAAUUCAGUCAUUUUCGGGGUGUUCAGAUGAUCUGGUGAGUAGCCUAUCACCUGACCUUUACAAUGCAGCCAAUCAGAGGACAGCUACAGCCAGUUCGACAGGUUGUGUAUUAAAGGAAAACACAAGGUGUGGAACACACACCUGCUGCCCACAGAGACUCGAACACACACUGGUCGAGUCAUGAAGCUGACUGUGCUGCUCUGUUCUGCUCUGCUGCUCUCCUUCUGUGGCCUGUCCCAAGAGUGGAGGAUAUGUGGAAAACCUGGCAACCGGAAUAUGCCCAUGAAGCCCCCAGAGGAGGAAAGGCUGGGGCCUGGCUGUAAGAAGUUUGAAGGGAGACCAUUUUGCACCAGGGAGUUUAAACCAGUAUGUGGCAGUGAUGGAAAGACCUACCCCACCAAAUGUGUUCUCUGCCGGGGCAACAGAGACAAGAGGAGGAAAGUGAGGGUGAAACACAGCGGGAGGUGCAAACCUGUGUCCUGAGACCUGAGACACACACCUCUGGCUGACCUGAGACACACCUCUGGCUGACCUGAGACACACCUCUGGCUGUGUAAUAGACACAUCAUAUCAAUUUCCUGCAUCUUGCAUUCUCAAUAAAGUUACAUACUGCAA